AUGGUGGCGGUGGCUGUCAGUGAUUAUACAAGGUUGUCUGUAAAGGAAUUUUAUCAACGAUAUGCAUACCAUGCGUACCAAAACCCUUGGGAGUGGUUCUCUGCAUGUACUUGUCGCUCAUUGCAACGGUACUACUACUCAGGCGAGAGCGCGGAUUCCCGCUAUAUAUAUAAUCGGGUUCGGGAUUUAUUGUUGACCGAGAACCACGGUAAUGUCCGAAUCAUGUGCGGAAAGAAGUUGUCUAAUCCUUUAUAUUCUGGUUUCCUCCAUAAAUUCCUGAUUCACUUUGUGCAAUAUUGUGACAGAGAGAAGAAACCGACGGAUACGUAG